GACGCAGGCGCGAGGCACACUCACACACACGCGCCUCCUCUGCCGUCUGCUCUCCAGGCCCAGCUGCUCUGCGGCAGAGGCGCCGGCAGGGGCUCAGACCUGCCGCCCGCUGCUCCCCGCCGCCCGGCUCCACGCCUGCCCCGCUCUGGUCCCGAGAGCGGCCGGCCCCGCGCUAUCCCGCCUCGCCUGCCUGCGGGUUUCUGCUCACCGCAGCCUCCGCCCCCCAGGAAGACGGCGCACUCAGGACUCGGGGCUCUCGCUGCUGCCUCUGUGUGCCCCCCGGGAUGGGAGGCCCUGGCCUCGGCGCAGGCCUGGCGCUGCUCCAGGUGCAGGAGGCCGGGUAAGGGGCCCGCGAGGCGGGCGCCCUCGCACCUGCCACCCGGGCCUUCCCGCCGCCGCCGCCGAGCAUGAGUGGGGAUGUCCUCUAGCCAGCCCCGCUGACACACUGACCGACCGCGGCUGGGACUCUCUCCACGACGCGAGACGGCACCGUGGCCACGAUGACCAUCCGGAAAGUGGUGGCCACAGCCGUGCUGGUGGCUCUGGUCUCUCUCGUCCUCAACAACGCGGCGGCCUUCACUCCCAACUGGGUGUACCAGACGCUGGAGGACGGCCGGAGGCGCAGCGUGGGGCUCUGGCGGGCCUGCUGGCUGGCGGAGCGGCCCCGGGGGGCGCCCGGCCCGGGGGCCAGGCCGGGGCCGGCCGACAUGCGUGACUGCGAGGCCCUGGGCUGGGGCUCCGAGGCAGCCGGCUUCCAGGAGUCUCGAGGCACCGUCAAACUGCAGUUCGACAUGAUGCGAGCCUGCAACCUGGUCGCCACGGCGGCGCUGGCGGCCGGCCAGCUCACCUUCGUGCUGGGGCUGACGGGCCUGCCCCUUCUGUCGCCCGACGCCCAUUGCUGGGAGGAGGCCAUGGCUGCCGCAUUCCAGUUGGCUAGUUUCGUCCUGGUCAUCGGGCUGGUGACGUUCUACCGCAUCGGGCCCUACACCAGCCUGUCCUGGUCAUGCUACCUGAACAUCGGCGCCUGCCUGCUGGCCACCCUGGCCGCCGCCAUGCUCAUCUGGAACGUCCUGCACCGGCGGGAGGACUGCACGGCUCCCCGCGUGAUCGUCAUCAGCCGAUCCCUGACCGCGCGCUUUCGCCGUGGGCUGGACAACGACUAUGUGGAGUCGCCGUGCUGAGGGUGAACCCCUCUACCCCGGGACCAUCUGGGAAGUGGGGCACUGCUCCCCACUCGAACACACACCACACGCAUUGACCACGUUAUCCACGGACACGGGGCUUGACCACAUGGCAUCCGCACCCUCCCCUGCGGCCCGCGUCACGUUCCUGCACGGCCUUGCGCUCUGCCCUGGCCCACGUUAAUUUAUUCAGCAUCUGCCGAGAGGGGCGUCCUGGGCCCUAACUACUCUGAUAAAACAGAACACAAGGAAAGAUUGUGACCUGCACAGACCUUCCUCUAGGGACUCAGAAUUCAGUCAGAUGGUCACGGCUUUACUACAGCCUUGUGUAAGUGAGGUCCAUUUACUCCUGAUUAUCCUUCUAAGUUAAAAUAAAAUGCCAACCUCUCA